AUGGAGGCGGACUCGGAGAGAGUGCAGUACAUCGCCUCCCAAUUCCAAAACAAGGACACAAUCCCGGCCCAAUUCAUCCGCUCCGCCGCCGAGCAGCCAGCGGCGACCACCGUGCGCGGCGUGGUCCUCCAGAUCCCGGUGAUCGACGUCGGAGGCGGCGGCGGCGGAGACGAGAGCGAGAUCGUGGGAUUGAUUAAGGCGGUGAGCGAGGAUUGGGGGAUGUUCCAGGUGGUCAACCACGGCAUACCCGAUGACGUCAUCUCGCGGCUGCAAAAUGCCGGUCGAGAAUUCUUCGAGCUGCCGGUCGAGGAGAAGGAAUUGAUCGCGAAAACGCCGUCGUCGGGGAUCGAAGGCUACGGGACGCGGCUGCAGCAGGAGGUUGACGGCAAGAAGGCGUGGGUCGACCACCUGUUUCAUAAGAUUUGGCCGCCGGCAGCGGUUAAGUACGAUUUCUGGCCGAGGAAUCCGCCGGGUUACAGGCAAGCAACUGAAGACUAUAGGGAAAGGCUUAGAGAGGCAUCCGAAAAGCUAAUCAAGUGGCUCUCGAUUGGGCUAGGGUUGGACGAACCGCGGCUCAAGGUGGCUAUGGGUGGCGAUGACACGGUUUACUUGUUGAAGAUAAACUAUUACCCGCCGUGCCCUCGCCCAGACCUUGCCCUAGGCGUGGUGGCCCACAGCGACAUGUCGGCCCUAACGGUCCUUGUCCCGAGCGAAAUCCAAGGCCUCCAGGUUUCUAGGGAUGGGGAAUGGUAUGAUGUUAUGUACACCAAAAAUGCCCUCAUUGUACUCAUUGGGGACCAAAUGGAGAUACUAAGCAACGGGAAGUACAAGGCCGUGUUUCAUCGCACGACGGUGAACAAGGAGAAUACGAGGAUGUCUUGGCCGGUGUUUAUCGAGCCACCGGACGAGCAUGAAAUCGGGCCUAUUCCAGAGCUUGUCGAUGAUAAAAGCCCGCCAAAAUACAAGACUAUGAAGUUUAAGGAUUAUGUUUACCGCAAGCUCAACAAGAUUCCAAUGUGA